AACAGCAACACAUAGUGGUAGGAAUUAAACUGAUCUGCGGCAGAUUAGAUAGACGCCCAGUGGGAACAUCAGGGGACAAAGGUACUUUAAGGAGCUGCGUCCAGACGUUGCUCUCACACCUGGGAGAUGCGACCAUGGCCACGUUGAGGAGACAGUACGUGGUGACCAGGCAGGUGUACUCCGAGGACAGCUUCGCCGAGGGACACCAGAAGGUCUCCAGAGUUCGUAAAACCAUCCUGGACCACGUCAAGGAGUAUCUGAGCUGCGAUUCAAAACGGGCCAAGAAUGCUGCACUCUCUCUUCUGCCCAUUAUUGGCUGGAUGAGGAGCUACAGACUGAAGGAAUGGCUGCUGGGGGAUGUGGUGUCCGGGAUCAGCACCGGAUUGGUUGCUAUUAUGCAAGGACUGGCGUUCUCCCUGCUGGCCUCACUGCCUCCCAGCUACGGCCUGUACACGGCCUUCUUCCCUGUACUCACGUACUUUUUCCUCGGUACUUCGAGACACAUAUCAGUAGGAUCUUUCCCGGUCCUGAGCCUCAUGGUGGGCGCCGUGGUGACCCGUCUGGUCCCGGAGAACUCGCCACCGGCCAACAUCACAGACUUUGAAGGCCUGACUCCGGACCAGCAGAGAGUCCUGGUGGCCUCGUCCGUUACCUUCCUGAUGGGGGUUUUCCAGCUGGGCCUGGGUCUCCUGCAGGUGGGCUUCGUGGUCGUGUACCUCUCAGACACACUGGUCUCUGGCUUCACCACAGCCGCUGCCGUCCACAUCCUGGUGUCCCAGCUGAAGUUUGUGUUGGGGCUGGAAGUUCCCGGCAUCAGUGGACCGCUGUCCAUCAUAUACACCCUGGAGAAGAUCUUUGUCCAGAUCACCUCCACCAACAUCUGUGACCUGCUCAUGUCCAUCAUCAUCAUGGCCGUCGUGUUCAUUGUGAAGGAGCUGAACGACAAAUACAAGAGCAGACUUCCUGUUCCUGUUCCUAUAGAAGUCAUCAUGGUGAGGGGAUUUGAACCUGCGACCUUACAACUGUUUCACACAAAUGAAUGUGUUGAGUUAGAAAUAUGGACAAAUCCCAGAACUUUUUUUUCCCUCCCACAGACGGUCAUUGCCUGUGGAGUUUCCUACGGCUUCAACUUCGAGAAGAGGUUCAACGUUGACAUCGUAGGUAAAAUGGUUCGAGGGUACGAGUCUCCGAUAGCACCCAGCGUGGAAAUCAUGAAAGAGGGCGCUGUGGAGGCCUUUCCGAUCGCCAUAGUGGGCUUCGCUGUCGCCUUCUCCGUGGCCAAAGUUUACUCCAUCAAACACGAUUACACCAUCGACGGCAAUCAGGAGCUGAUAGCCUUUGGAGUUAGCAACAUAUUCGGAGCCAGCUUCAGGUGUUUCGCAGCUAGCACAGCGCUCUCCAGAACAGCCAUACAAGAAAGUUCAGGAGGGAAGACGCAGGUUGCAGGUCUGAUCUCAGCCAUGAUGGCUAUGAUCGUAACUUUAGCUCUUGGCUUCCUGUUGGAGCCCCUUCCAAGGUCGGUCCUCGGGGCGCUGGUGAUCGUUAACCUGAAGGGCAUGUUGAUGCAGUUCAGAGAGAUCCUGUACCUGGGGAGGAGAGACGUCCCCGACUGUGUGGUGUGGGUGGGGACGUGUGUGGGUUCCAUCCUCCUGGGCCUGGACCUGGGUCUGGCUGUGGGCCUGGGGAUAGAACUGCUCACCGUGGUCUUCAGGACUCAGUUUCCUCGUUGUUGCGUCCUGGCUAACAUCCCAGACACUGACCUCUACAGGGACCGCAAAGACUAUCAGCAUAUAUUUGAACCUGAGGGGAUAAAAAUCUUCAGGAUUCCUUCUCCCAUCUUCUUCGCCAACAUAGAAUUCUUCAGGAAAAAGUUAAUUGAUGCUGUUGGGUUUAAUCCUCUCAGAGUUCUGAGGAAACGGAACAAGGCACUCAGGAAGCUCCGUAAACUGUGGAAGGAAGGGAAUCAUCACAUGACCGAGAAAGGUGUGACCAGUGAAUCGGAUGAUGAUCCCGACACGAACACAGAGGAGUUGGACCGGCCCAGUGACAUCACAGGACUUCCCUUCCACGUGGACUGGAACGCCGAUCUUCCCACCAACAUCGGUGUUCCCAGAGUGGACGUCCACAGCCUGGUGUUGGAUUUCUCUGCUGUCUCCUUCCUGGACAUCUCAGCUCUGAAGGGACUCAAAAUGGCGAUCAAGGAGUUCAUCCGAAUUCAUGUGGACGUUUACGUCACUUCAUGCGAUUUGAACAUCCUGGAGAAAUUACACAACUGCUUCUUCUUUGACGAUGAGAUCGUGACGUCCAUGUUCUUCCCCACCGUUCAUGACGCCGUUCUGCACGUGCUCCAAAAACACAAGAACAAAAAUCGAGGCGUGAGCUUCAACCAAACUAAAAUGUAGAAGAGCUUCAGUCUCCGGACGCCUCGCAUCAGACGUGCAAAAAGAUUUGAUUUUUCCAGAUCCUCCGUCUCUCUUCAACUCCAACUUCACUCUUUCAUUUACAGAAAGAUGCUCAUACUUCAGGCAAAUAUUAAAAAAAAAAAAUAGAAAAAAGAAAUACUGUAACAUCUGGUUCUGCUACUGUUUUUAUAAUGAAAACUGUUUCAAUAUUUUAACCAUGGCUCACAUUAAAAACAGAAUCCAGUUACUGAGGCUUCAGUUUCAUCACCUGCUCAGACCUACAGUACAGAGACAGGAUUUAACAUCUCCACUAUGACCGUUAAUGUCCACCAGAGGUCAGUAACAACCCAAGUAAAUCCACACCAUGAAACAAAUAAAACCACAUAUUUGAACAAAUGUGUAAUGGUGUGAACACCUGAAGAAGGGGAGGAGCCAAUAAGACAUGGAAAAAAGGAAGUGUCACACAGGUCAAAGGUCAAAGCAGAGUUCUUCUCAACCCUGUUGAUGUAAAACAUCACUCUGUAAACACCGAGGACAGAGCGACUUCUAAACAUCUC